AAAUGCAUUCACGCUAUCGUACGGAUGCAGCCUGGAACUACAACUCCCCUAGUGCUCCAUAUCCUUCCUGCUGGCGCUCUUGGCAGGAGACGGCGUGGUGCACUCUGGUAUCUGUAGUCUUAAUGCACGGUCUUGCGCAUCCUACCUGGAAGGUGGGUCAGUGAUCAUUUCCAGUUCGCAUAUGGGUACAUGCUGAUAGGCCACCGAUCACGGCUGCUUUAUAGUAACUACUCCUGGCUACAGGUACCGGCCUGGAUGACCAUGGCCCUUUCUCUGGAGACCGAAUCACACAUCUACAGAGUUCUACGCACUGCCUCUGGAGCUGCUGCCCACCUUGUGGCCUUGGGCUUCACCAUCUUUGUGACUGUGCUUGCCAGACCUGGCUCCAGUUUGUUCUCCUGGCACCCUGUGCUUAUGUCUCUGGCUUUCUCUUUCCUGAUGACCGAGGCCCUGCUGGUAUUCUCUCCUGAGAGUUCGCUGCUGCGCUCCCUCUCGCGGAAGGGCCGGACACGCUGUCACUGGGUACUGCAGCUGCUGGCCCUGAUGUGUGCACUGCUGGGUCUGGGCCUCGUCAUCCUCCACAAGGAACAGCUGGGCAAAGCCCACUUGGCCACAUGGCACGGGCAGGCUGGGCUGUUAGCUGUGCUGUGGGCCGGGCUGCAGUGCUCAGGUGGGGUGGGUCUACUCUACCCCAAACUGUUGCCCCGAUGGCCCCUGGCCAAGCUUAAGCUGUAUCAUGCCACUUCUGGUCUAGUGUGCUACCUCUUGGGUAGUGCCAGCCUUUUGUUGGGCAUGUGUUCACUCUGGUUCACUGCCACAGUCACUGGUGGGUUCUGGUACCUGGCUGUGCUCUGCCCCAUUAUCACAAGCUUAGUCAUCAUGAACCAGGUGAGCAAUGCCUACUUGUACCGCAAAAGGAUCCAGCCAUAAGCUCAUCCCAAUUUGGGGGAAUCCUGGGUUUGCUCCAGCUGGGCUGGACUCUCUCAGUUGACCAGGUCAUGGGGCCACCUCAGGCACUGGAGCAAUCAGAGUAGGAGGAGUCCUGUGUGCAACGUCUUGCUUGCUCCCUCCCCACCCCCCAUGAGUGUGUCCCCUUUCCUCUCCUUUCUGAGGAGAAUAUAUAUGAAUUAUGUCUGGAUAAAGCUGGGGUUGUAAGACUGCC